ACUCGUUCAUUAUCCAUGCGAAACGGUGAGUGUAUAUUACACACUCGGUAAAAUAGCUUUUCUGCCAUUCGUCAUAAUAUUUCGCACCCGAACAUCAUAAUCUGACGUUUCGCUCUGCAUGAACCUUCGCACACGUGUUGGAUAUAUACAAAGUCAAGUUCAUAAUCGAAUAACUUGCACUCACACCCGCUCUCCCCUUCUCAACAUCCGUUCUCUCCGAAAUCCGAUUCAGAUACACAGUGUUCAAACGUCGGAGAAGUUAGGAAAACUUUUGAAGGAUUGGUGUCUUGACCUCGCCAGAUUCCUACUUGGGAGCCAAUUGUGUAUGGAAUUGACUUAUCGCCUUUUGUCACCCCUUUUCACUUUUAAAUAAUCUUGUAUUUUUCAUCACGGAUACCCCUUACUUGAGCAGUAUUCCUGGUCAAUGACUUGCAUGGAUAUGUGAAAGGCAUUGGCGCUUUUUAAGUGGUUUCACCUCAAAUCGGAUCGGCGGGAAACGAGUCGAGAGUUCUGAAAGUUCUUAAUUCGUUCGAUAUCAAAGUUAUCGACUAUCGUCUAUUUAUUACGUCGUCUGCACGUGGACAUCAGGAUGAAAAAGUGAUUAACACAUCCGUCUUCAUUCAAACAACAACUUUCCCAUGGUCAAAAGCAAGCCACUUUAUCCAACCAAUUGAAUUCUAAAGUUGGGACAGUUGACUGAUUUUGUCUUUUCUUUAGCUCGCAUCUCCUCCCCUCCCCCUUCAAUCCGUUGCUCUCACUCGCACCAGUACCGAGGGAUAAAAAGCCGUGCGUACUAAGCGUAGCGAGGCAUAUCGCUAAGGGACGCCACGGGGAGUAGUAGUCUGACACAUUUCGCUCGACUCUCCAUUCAAAACUACUGUCUGUCAUACCUGUCUUUGACAUAAUAAUCGCUACCUCUUUUGGAACGGACUUCAGUGACAUGUAUCUGUCGUUAUCUUCCACAAGUGUUUGCUAGAUUGCUUAUCCGAAGGACCAUCAGGGCAUUUCCACUUGUACUUUUUUGUGUGUUUAACUUGGAGGUUCUUCUCUUGGGGGACCAUGUACCGCAUCACACUUUACGCCGCCUUCGUCGGCCUGGUAUGCCUGGGAAGUCUGAUCGAUGCCGUCGAAGCCCGCAGGAAUGGAAGGAGGAGGAACAAGAAUUACGGAGACGAUUCUGCCUCAACUGGUGAUGUUGACAAAGUGAGGCCGACGCCAAGGAGACCUCAGAUCCCACUCAAGGCAGAGAUACAGCCCCCGCAUUCCAGAGGUGUCCCAGGGUGUACCUUCGGAGCAGACUUCUACAACCUUGAAGACGAGUGGCAUCCGAACCUUGGGGAACCCUUUGGUGAAAUGGUCUGCGUCCUCUGCGAAUGCCGACCUGAUGUAGAAGAUGGUAUACUCUUGGGAAGGAUCUCAUGUAAUAACAUCAAAUGUCCUGAUAUCACGUGUCCUAAUGACGAGGAUCCAGUGAUCAGAGAUGGGUUUUGUUGCAAGACCUGCCCGUCAGACGAUGUUGAUAAGGAGAAGCCCUCACGAACGAACGGAUCUAGCGAGGCACAGCGCCCCGACGAUACGGCGUCGACUGAGGGUACGGAAGACACACUUCAGGGAGAAGCUUUUGUAUCGAUCCUAUCUGGUCGUUUGACAUCGGUGAACACGAGAGCGAUUUCUCGAGGAUCUUUCCUCCUUCUGAAUAACAACCUCCACUUCACAUUACACGUAACAAGACUAAGUACUCCCCUCGAAGUUGUCUUUACCGGCGUACUCAAUACAACGCUGCACGUUCAUACAGUUCGUGAUGUUGACUCCGAUACGAUUUGCGGAGAGUGGAAAAACCUUCCUCAGAUUGUCUCACGUGAUCUGCGCAACAGGAACAUUUUCGUCACACUUACCACCAGGUCACACGAGCAUGGAGAGGUCAGGGGUCGCUUAAUCCCCCAUCGGGCACUUUCCACAGAAUCCUUUAGUGUUCUUCUGACCCCGAAGCGACGCAACGGUCCAGUGAAUGAAAUCUUAGGGAAAGGAGGACUAGUAAUGCUCUCAUCCUCCAAGAAUGGAAACGCCAUCAACUUUGCUGCUCUCCUUGAUGGUUUAGUAGAGUCAGAAAGGACAGAAGACGUCAACAUCGUUGUCGAGAUCACGAAGAGAAACGAUGUCUUGAAAAGAAUUGAAGUUGCCGUUGCAAGCGAGGCCAUUGAUGUGGUGGACGUCGUCGAAUCGCUGCCGAGUACGAUUAAGAAGGCGAUCACGAAGGGACAGUUAAAGAUGAGAUUGACGGUCCAGGGCGAGGGCGAUGUAGGAAUGCUCGUUGGCAGCAUCACACCACUAAAAACGUGCAAUACUAUCCACGCAGUACUAUCCGGUAGCCAAGCCCUGGACAGAUCAAAGACUACAGGAGCUAGCGGUUCAGCCAUUUUCACCCUAGAUGACGAUGGGACAAUCAACUACAUGGUUCGAUUGACUGGCCUACAAACAGAAGUCAGCGCCAUCACCAUUGAGAUGCCCAACAGGAAUAGGCGAAAGAUCGUUGCUGACAUCUUCGGAAACUACAGAGAUGGAGUGGCUCAGGGAAAGUGGCUACGACCCAAGCUCCGUGACGUUCAGAUGUUCCUUCACGGUGAACUCUAUGUCAAUGUUGCUACUGGUGCCUUCACCACCUCCGAGCUUCGUGGACGCAUCGUUCAACUUCCCUACCAGGGUCAUAUCAGGAGACACGCAAAAAUGCCGAUCCAGAUGUCGGGCUCCCUUAUGGAUCCUACCCAGGAGACUGGAGCUGCUGGUCACGCUUGGCUCCUCCUCGAUGAAAAUUGCUCCCUCAAUUACGAGAUCGCCGUUGUGGGACUCAACAGCGUGGUUGAAGAUGACAUCGGGACCGACAGCCCACCAUCUACCCCUCACUUUUACGCCGAGAUCGGUGAAAUCGAGAACGGGGAAAGCCGAGUUCGAUUGGUCCUGAAUGCUUUCAGAGGAAACAGCGCUCGGGGAACUUUGACAGAUGUGAAUCCAGGAUUAUUGGAGAACAUGGACAGGGGACAAGCUUUCAUUCAGAUCAGUACAAAGAACCAUCGGGAAGGUGAAAUCAGAGGACAGAUCAUCUUGCCAAACACCUGCCAUGGAUCAUCCAACGGUAACAACCUCGUCCCCGUCCAUGAUCCCAUGCCCGCCAUCAACGUCGAUGACGACCCCAACUCCUGCUUCUUCGAAGGUCGAUACCACGCCCCGAUGUCCACCUGGUCACCGGACUACGACAGGAACUGCACCACAUGCACAUGCAAGAAAACGGUGACAAUCUGUGACCCAGUGAUCUGCCCUCAGUUGUCUUGUGAAAACUCCGUCAUUGCUCCUGGUGAAUGCUGCCCCUCCUGUCCAAAACCCGAAGAACCUGAGGAGCCUGGCUGCCAUUACAAGGGCGACAAUAAGGUACAUCGCAUCGGAACGCAAUGGCAUCCGUAUAUUCCCCCAUUUGGAUAUACUACAUGCGUGCUUUGUACUUGCAUGUCCGGUGGCCAACUAAACUGCUCAAGACUCGCCUGCCCGCCAUUAGACUGUCCAAAACCAAUUCGACUAAACGCAAAUGAUUGCUGCCAAGUUUGUCCAGAACCAGAGCCAACAACACCGCCGACAGAACCACCAGUGGACGACACAUUACUGCAAGCCGAUGAAGUAGAAAAAGGAUGUUCGUUCCUCGGUGAAUUUUAUAGAAAUGGCGCCGAAUGGCAUCCUCUUGUGUCGCCAUUUGGUACAAUGAGCUGCGUCAGAUGUAGAUGUCGGAAUGGUCAGGCGAAAUGCAAGGGAAGAACCUGUCCUCAGCUUAAUUGUCAAGAAACAAUCAGAACAAAAGGCGAAUGCUGCCCGAGAUGUAAAGAAGACACGUUAACAGUACCAACAACAUUACCAACGAUAUUAGAGAUCUCCGCGGAGAAGAAAUCAAGGAGAAAACCCAAGUUGUCAUAGGGAAGCGCCCCUUUAUAUCAUAAUGAACACGAUGGCCACUCUUCCACCUUCAAAAAGAAACAUUUGAGAUAAUUUUUUUGUUGUGGAUGUGCCACACUUUUCCCGAGACACAGGGUAAUGAAUGUGAAGAACAUAAAGGGACAUUCAAAAGAGGAUGAAUAUUGCGUAAGGUCUCGCUGCCUGAUUGUGAGAUCGCCAGUGCGUAUUUCGAUGGCUUGAACACUUCCAACGAUUAUGUUAGUGCACUCAAUGUCAGCGGAAUGAGAAGGAACCAGCGAAAUAGCGGUGUCAAGUUCGCCAAAAUGUCACUUAAAUUUGUUCGAUUGAUAGACAUUCGUGUUUUGAAGAAUGCUGCAAUUGAGUGAUCGCGUGAUAUUGCUUUGGUAGAUAGCAGAUGUGAAACUGUUUGCCCAUUGGGUUAGAGUUCGAGUUUUGAACUUUUGAUGCGGUGUAAGAGUCUUAUUCCAAAGGAGAAGCAUUGCUAUUUGGACACCAAUACGGGCAUCAUUGUCAAUAAGUGGUUUCAGAAAGGACGCCCUCAACAAAAGAAAGUAGGGCAUUACAGUUGAUUUUGAUCAAUUGUUCGUAAACAGACCUGAAUAGACCUAUGAAGACCAUGUAAUAAACAAAUAUCAUGAGAAUGGUAUAACUGUAAAGGUAUUUAAUACAACUCCAACCUCUAAUAUUAAAAUUUCCGUUGUUGAAAAUAAUAUGUAUUUUAUAUAAGUUUUUGGAUCAAAUGGUGCGAGAAUUUCGUUAUGAAAAGGAUUACUCAACCAGUUGGUUCAGUCAAGCUUUUUCUUGGCCCCAAAUACAGUAUUUUUGGAAGGUAGAAAUAUGUUUGGGCAUAUACACAUUGGCCAAAUAUGCAAAAAUAAUAUAAAAAAAAAUGAUUAUGUGCAAAAUGAGAAGUGUUUGAACAUAGGUAAAAGAGAAUAAUAUAGUUGAUACAAAAUAGUCUUUUGUGAAGAAGAUUUAUUCAGACGUAAACAUGAAUAUAUUUUGACAUUGAACUACGAUGUUCAUUACAGGUUAUAAACACAUUACACUGAUAUCUAGGGGACCAAAUGUUUUAUCAUUGUUCUAUGUAUGUCUGUUUUUUUUCCUUAAACGUGUGUGAAUAUAUUAAAGAAUGAGAGAAGUUCUGGAUAAAAAGAGAAAAUUAUCAAUAAUGUAUUCAAUAAAAGAAAUGUUUUGGAAUAUAUUUUGACAAUCAAAUGCUGGUCUAUUUUUUUUCCGAAAUGACAAAUGAAUAUAGAUAAUUCGAUAAAAAGCACACCAACAUCGGACUCAAGCAACAGUGACACAGUAAUCCAAUUCUUAAACGUAUUAAACAAACAUUCCUUGAUACUAAUUUUCUUAAUGUUUUCCAAGAAAUUGUGCUAGCUUUACAAACAGUAUGAAAAUGAGGAUGUAAUAAAAAUAUAUGUAUCACUCAUUCAAUACGUGCGUUAUUUACCUAAAAAAAAAACAAUCGAGACAACUUAUUUUACGACAAUAAGAAAACAGGGUGAAUUUGCUUGACAAUCAUAUACUAUAUGUUGGUGUUUAAGGUGUAUUAGAAAUGACUUAAUAGUCUUUGAGUGAAAACAAUAUUAAUAGUACUAUGACACAUAUACUAUCCCCGUUUAUAGACGGAAUAUUUCAGUAUUUCCUUUGAUGUGUUCAUCAAGGCAAUACGCGAUCUUUAAUAUUUUAUUUCCAUUUUAUUUGUCUCUUUCCGUCAAACGCGUUUUCUUUACAUGGAAUUAGGAAAUGCAUUCGCAAUUGUGGUUUCUUGACUGUAUUCAACUUCGAUUCCACUUGUUGGUUGCGAGAAUAGUUUGAGAUUUAUAGAUAUGUUAUUUAUUCUGUACAAAAUGCCAAAGUGUAUUCGUGAAAUUUUCGCGAACAUGAAAUAGACUACCUUUAUAACACUGAUAUAUAUUUUUAAAAUCAACUUUGUGUUUCAUUGAUCAUAAUAGAGUAAUGCAAGUAAAUAUAUUUAG